CCCCCCCACAAGCUGUGCCAUAUUUGUUUUGUGACCGUGAAAAAUAUCCGUGUGUGGGUUCCAGCUUGUUUUUUGGCUGUAAAAAAAGUGUAAUUGAAUAACUUUGUCAAGUGCAACUGAGUGUUUAAAAAUGGUAGAAACGGCUACCACCACGACUGUGACGCGUACGACCAUCGCCGUACCGGCUGGACCUGCCACAGUGCCCUCAUCCUCAUCCUCGGCCACGCCCACGGCCACGGCUACGGCUACCCAGGCAGCCUCGCAGGCGCGUCGCAACGAUGAGACGACCCGAGCCAUCUUUAACCUAAAAAUCAUCAUAUUCCUGCUGCUGCUGCCGCUGAUACUACUCGCUGUGGGCCUGAAGCAUUUGCUGGACUAUCUGUUUGCUCUGGGCCUCAAGGAGAAGGAUGUGAGCGGCAAGGUGGCGCUGGUGACUGGUGGGGGCAGCGGCCUGGGACGCGAGAUCUGCAUGGAGCUGGCCCGCCGCGGCUGCAAGGUGGCCGUCGUCGAUGUCAACUCGAAGGGCUGCUACGAGACUGUGGAGCUGCUCAGCAAGAUACCCAGAUGUGUGGCCAAGGCCUACAAGAACGAUGUCUCGUCGCCGCGUGAGCUGCAGCUGAUGGCCGCCAAGGUGGAGAAGGAACUCGGCCCAGUCGAUAUUCUGGUGAACAAUGCCUCCCUGAUGCCCAUGACCUCAACCCCAUCGCUGAAGAGCGAUGAGAUCGAUACGAUUCUGCAGCUGAAUUUGGGCUCCUACAUUAUGACCACAAAGGAGUUUCUGCCCAAGAUGAUAACACGCAAGUCUGGCCAUCUGGUGGCAGUGAAUGCCCUCGCGGGUCUGGUUCCCCUGCCCGGCGCUGGCAUUUAUACGGCCACCAAAUACGGCAUUGAGGGCUUCAUGGAGGCCCUGCGCGCCGAGCUGCGUCUCUCCGACUGCGACUAUGUCCGCACCACAGUGGCGAAUGCCUAUCUGAUGCGCACCAGCGGUGACCUGCCGCUGCUCAGCGAUGCCGGUAUUGCGACCAGUUAUCCUGGCCUGCCCACACCCUAUGUGGCGGAGAAGAUUGUGAAGGGCGUGCUGCUGAAUGAGCGCAUGGUUUAUGUGCCAAAAAUCUUUGCACUCAGCGUGUGGCUGCUCCGACUUUUGCCCACCAAGUGGCAGGAUUACAUGCUGCUGCGCUUCUACCACUUCGAUGUGCGCAGCGCCCAUCUGUUCUACUGGAAGUGAGUGAGGGUAGAGCUGGGGCAGGGACAAGCAUUUACAUGGGCAAACUGUCAGUGUUGCCCCAUUGUGCAGCUCUUUAAUUUUAGCGUUUAGCUAUUUAUACUAACUUUAAACUUUAAACUUAAAUUAAAUCUACUUUCAAAUUUCA